AUGGAUGUCUUUCCGUUGCGGAUGCCCUUCCAUCUUAAAGUCCUCGAAAACCGACAUCCAGAACAAAAGAAGAGUUCAACUACUUUCCAGGAGCCCCAGUGUGAACUCUUUCUCUCCGCAAGCGGUUUUGGUCCAUUUGACUUCUCCCUGGGGUUGCUUCUGAAAAUGGCUUCUGCUAUUCCUUCCUGGACGCCCCUUGGAGGAGAUUCCAAAGAUAAUGCCACCUCUAAGAGACCACAGGUGAGCAUUCCAGACAAAACUAAAGAUGUCAUUGCUCAAGUCUUUGCACUGAAGGAGACGUGUGAAAAGUAUGACAAGUGUGAAAACAGCCGUGAGUUCAGUCAGGAGGACUGCCAGACAAAAAUGGUCCCUGUGCUUCUGGACUUUCAAGUAUACCUGGAUUACAUGCAGAACAAGUUUGAAGGCAACAGGGGAAAGUCACUUAUGUAG